CACGGAAUCUUUGCGUCAGUCAUCCAACACCCACCUCCCUCGUACGUUGGUCUCCACGGUCAAAGUAGCGGCCCUUUCUGCCAGCAAGUUUAGGUGAUUUUCCUCCGCUGCUCCUCUCGCUUCUGACCAGUCCUUCGGAUCGGACCGACGGGUGCUCUGUCGAAGCCUUGCUGCGGGAGAAACAUCGACAAAAGACUCUCAAUUCCUUUCGGAAUUUCGCAUUAGCGGCCCAUAAAUCUUACAAUGGAAAAGGAUGAUCUUAUUCAAAAGGCCAAGCUGGCAGAGCAGGCUGAGCGUUACGACGACAUGGCCGCGUGUAUGAAGCAGGUCACGGAGAUGGGAGGAGAGCUGACCAACGAGGAGAGGAACCUGCUUUCCGUCGCCUACAAAAACGUGGUUGGGGCGAGGCGGUCCGCAUGGAGAGUGUUGUCCAGCAUCGGCCAGAAGAGCGAGGAUAAGAAAAAGCAGGCGCUAGUCAAGGACUACCGGAAGGUGGUGGAGGACGAACUCCACGAUAUCUGCAAAACGGUUCUGACACUUCUGGAUACAUUUUUAAUCAAAAAAGCGGUUGAAGAAGAAAAGGCAGAGAGCGAAGUCUUUUACCUCAAGAUGAAGGGAGACUACUAUAGAUACCUUGCUGAAGUCGCCUCUGAAGAUCUAAAAGACGACACCAUCAAAGACUCGCAGAAAGCUUACAAGGAGGCAAUGGACAUCAGCGAGAAAAAAAUGACAGCCACACAUCCCAUCCGCUUGGGCCUGGCGUUGAACUUCUCCGUCUUCUACUAUGAGAUCCUCAACUCCCCAGAGAAAGCCUGCCACCUAGCUAAACAGGCAUUUGAUGAGGCCAUUGCGUUGCUGGACCAGCUAAGUGAAGACUCCUACAAAGACAGCACCCUUAUCAUGCAGCUCCUCAGAGACAACCUAACAUUAUGGACGUCCGACAACGCUCCGGAUGAGGGCGAGGCCGGCGACGGAGGAGACGCUGGCGAGACGGAGAACUAAACGAUACGAGCCCUCUGUGUCUGCGAUAAAUGAAAGAAACUUUUUACACAUCCUUCAUUCCUUAUUUUUUCCACUUAAACAUUCUACCAAUGAACCAGUUGAUGAAAAGAGUUGUGUAAUAUUGUGAUGUUGAAGACCUAUUUCACGCAUUUGUUCAAGAGAGGUGGUAAAGGAAGACAAACCCUCCAUACUGUUCUUUUAAUGGUUGUCCUACCAGUUCAGCAUGUAGUGAAGCAGCUCCACGCUUGACACGGCCAUUAAACAGUCACGUCCCAAUAAUGAUUUUGGCUAGUGUUACUGCGUUUUUUGACAGGGUGGGUUUCAAGGGGAUUCAAAUAAAUAAAAGGUUAUUAGAAGUGUGUACACGUGAAAACGAAAAAAAGAAAAUGAGCUGAUUCGGUAAAUCUACUAGAUUAGACCACAAUCACGGAAAUAUGCUUUUACAUAUUAAAGACGACUUGUCAGCCCAUUCAUGCGGAUCUUGGCUUCAAUGGGAAUGAAACAACUUUGUCAUUGCAUGUGUCUGUGAGAUGUUACACUGGAAUGAAAGAAAAUACUGUAACACACACAUAUUCACAAGUCCAGUUUCCCAAUCAGAUUUGUCUUUGUCCUAAAAGAAGUUGAUUCCUUGAAAUUUGGACCACUAUUGUUUUUAUUGUUCCCCAAAGCCUUGUGGAACCAUUCGAAUCCCGAUGUAUCAGCUGUUAACAUGAAUAAAUCAUUUUAUAAACCAA